AUGAUUUCGUCCUCCUCUAAAGUUAAAAGUAGCGGGGUUGUUGACAUUGGUAUUAGCGAUCAUUCUAUGAUAUACUGUACACUUAAACUUAGAGCUGAUAAGCCUCGACUUGAAUACAAGGAUGUGAGGAGUUUUAAGAACUACAACUCCGAGAGUUUCAAGGCAGAACUGUCUCAACUUCCGUUUCAUGAAACCUAUCGUAUUAAUGAUGUAAAUGAGAAAAUUGAUCAUUUCAAUCAAUUGUUCAUAAGUACUCUGGACAAACACGCGCCUAUCAAACACAUCAGAAUUAAAGGCAGACUUAACCAGUUUAUUAAUAAAGAAUUAAAGUGCACGAUGAAACUGAGAGACAAAAAGCUGAGAAUUUUUCGCCUCUCACGUAACGCGGAAGAUUGGGACGUCUAUAGGCAACUUAGGAAUUCUAUAAAAACAUCUUUAAGAGCAGCAGAGUCCAACUUUGUCCGGAAUCAAAUUGAGGAAUAUAAAGGUAAUUCAAGAUCUAUGUGGAAAGUGAUUAGGGGGUGUCUGCCAAGCAAAGAUUCAGAAAAACCCGUUUACCAGAAAGACCACAAAAAAUUAGCCAAUGAAUUUAAUGAAUAUUUUGCUUCUGUGGGGAAGAUUGCAGCCGACAAGGUCAAGAGACUUGCGGAAGCUAACAACAUUCAGAUGACAACUGCUUUACCACCUGCAAGACACCGAUCUUCUCUUGAUCUGUUUGAAUUUAGAACAGUCACACCUGAUGAAGUUAGAACAAUUAUUUUAAAUAGUCCAUCAAACAAAGCUCCAGGUGCCGAUAAGAUAAAUAUUCAAUUCAUUAAAGAUUCACUUGAAGUGAUUUUAGAUCCUGUUACGGAUAUUAUCAACUGUUCCUUGAUGACGUCAACAUAUCCUUCAAUGUGGAAGAUAGCAGAAGUGGUACCGCUACACAAGGAAGGGGAUCCUGAAAUCGCUUCAAAUAAUCGACCGAUUUCACUGCUGUCAUGUUUGUCAAAAAUAUGCGACAAAGUCGCACUGAAUCAGUAUACAGAACAUCUAACAAACCACAGAUUAUUGACGGGACAUCAAAGUGGUAACCGGAAAAAACAUUCUACCGAAACACUUAACAUUGCAGUGACAGACAUGUUGUUGGAAGCUAUGGAUAAUAAACAGUUAUCUAUAGUUAUAUUGUUGGAUAUGUCGAAAGCUUUCGAUAGUGUUGAUCACAACAUGCUUCUUCAAAGAACUUUAAACUUAGGCGUAUCUUCUGCACUGCAUGAGUGGUUUAAAAGUUACUUGUCUGACAGAUGGCAGUAUGUUAGGAUUGGAACUACCUUUUCGGCGCCCGUUGCAUUGUCGCACGGAAUUCCUCAAGGCUCUGUUUUAUCGCCGUUUUUAUUUAAUAUAUACACAGAUAGCUUGUCUUCAGUUCCGAACAGUUGUAGUCUUGAAUCGUAUGUUGACGAUUCGUAA